UGGCUGUUUGUGGUCAUUGGCCCCCCGCCCAGCAGUGCCAAGUGCCACAUGUGCUCCCAGGCGGGUGGGUGUGGCAGCCAGGGAGCAGUGAGACCAGAACAGCGCUGGGAGGCUGGAGCCCGAGCCCGGCAGAGCAGCAGUGGGUCUUGGAGUGUCCCGUCCAGCCCUGACCUUCAGCCCCAGGUGGGGCAUGAGGACGCAGGUGAGGCGCUAAAGACGUUCUCAGCUUUCCGUAAGGGCUCCAUCCCUCGGCUCCUCAGCCCGGACCCUCCAAGGAGUGGGUCAGGGUGCGGCUCCCCACAGCCAGCCAGCCUGGGCUCUGGGAGGUGGCCCCUGUCUCACGCUGAUGCCCCUCCUGGGCGCGCCGGCACCCUGCAGCCCGCCCUCCACGGCAGCAGAGGAGUCUGUCUGAACGCUGCUCUGGUCCUGCCCGUCACCCUCGGGGCCCUCCCAGGCGCUGCUGCUCCUCAGAUGAACAGCCGAGCCCUCUGCCUGCCCCUCGAGGCCCCAGGUGGUCUCCAGCCUCAGCAAGAUCAGCUGCCCCGAGCUCCCAGCAUGCCCGGCUCGGAGGGUCUCUGCCACCCUCCUCCCUGA